AUGAUCAAUAAGCCUUAUGCGUCCUUGGUAGGCAGCUUGAUGUAUGCACAAGUUUGCACAAUACCUGAUUUGGCUUUUGCCAUCAGUGUGCUGGGAAAAUAUCAAUCGAAUCUAGGUGAACAACAUUGGGUUGCAGUGAAGAAAGUGUUAAGAUACUUGCAAAGGACAAAAUCCUUUAUGUUGGUUUACAAGAAAGUAGAGAACUUGGAACUAGUUGGCUACACUGAUGCUAACUUUGCAGGAUGUGAGGAUGACAGGAGGUCCAUGAGUGGUUACUUAUUCUUCUUAGCAGGAGGAGUUGUAUCAUGGAAAAGUGCUAAACAAAAGGCACUAGCCACGUCAACCAUGGAGGCUAAAUUUAUAGCAUGUUUUGAAGUUACCAAGAGGGACUUGUGGUUAAGAAUUUAA